AUGCAACAACCACAACAAUGGCUCGAAGUGGUGGAAGAGAAAUUGGAAGGUGGAGUAUGGGAAGAAGUGGAGCAGAAUGCUGGUUCUGCUGUAGAAGAGGAUGGAUCAGUCGCCGUUAUAGAAAGAGUAGAAUCUACCCCUACGAAUACCACCCCUUCCUCACCUUCCUCCGCUCCCGCAAGACUCGAGACUGCGGUCCCAAAGUCUUCCCACGCACCAUCAUCGGAUGGUGACAAUACGGCUGGGAGCGAAGGAUACGCUUCCUCUUCAGAGGAAGAAAAAGUCGGGCAAACUGAACAGCGAGGUCCGGAUGGGAGGAAUGAUCCUAUGAGGGGCUGGGUACAGACCCUGAAAUAUGAGGAUCAGUAG